CAGGCGGUUCGCCCAAUGAAGGGCGGAAGCCCCUGGACGCGGUCGGGCGAGUCUACUAGAGGCGGGCGACUGCGGGAACCGAGUAUGUACCAUGGCGGAGCCACUGAGGAAACGGGGCCGGCGGUCCAGAGGCGGCGGUGUUGGCCGAGGGACUCGGGGGUCCCGGGGCGGCCGGGGCCGGCGACCUCAGUCCCAACGAUCUCCAGCUCGACGCACCCUGGACCCAGAGCUUGUGGACUUGGUCAGCGACAGCGAUGAGGAUGUUUUGGAGGUCGCCACGGCGCGCGGCGCUGCGGACCCGGCCGAGGUCCCACUCCCCGAAACCCCGGUGCCGGCCGCGCCCCGGGACGACAGCGACAGCGACAGCGAAGGGGCGGACGCAGGGCCAGCUGGAGCCCCUCCGAUCCUGAUCAGGCGGCGGAGGCGGCUGUUGCUGGAUCCGGGGGAGGCACCUGCGGUUCCAGUGUACUCCGAGAAGGUGAAAAGCAGCCUCCACCUCAUCCCAGAUCACGUGUCCCUCCUGAAAUUCUGUCCCCCAGAGACUGAGGAAGAGGCGGAGUCCGUGGACGUGGCCGAUGCCAGCAGUCCCCACAAUGAGGAUUCCCCAUGUCCAGCUUCUCCCUGGAAGAGGAAGCUGAGGAGUAUGGAUGGAGAAGAGAAGAAAAAGGUGUUGCUGGUUCAGGACGCCUCUCCUGUGACCCCACCUCCGCCACGGACCAAAAGCAGAAAGCAUAGUCGGGCGCUCCAGAAGUUAAGGGAGGUGAACAAGCGCCUCCAGGAUCUCCGUUCCUGCCUGAGUCCCAAGCAGCCUCAGGGCCAGGACCACCUGAGCCAAGAAGAUGAGGUGGUCCUCGUGGAGGGGCCCCCCCUCCCAGAGAACCCUCGACUCUUGCCACUCAAGAUCCGGUGCCGGGCCGACCUGGUCAGAUUGCCCGUCAGAAUGUCGGAGCCCCUUCAGAGCGUGGUGGACCACAUGGCCACCCGUCUCGGGGUGUCCCCAAGCAGGAUCCUCUUGCUCUUCGGAGAGACAGAGCUGUCCCCUACCGCCACCCCCAGGACCCUAAAGCUUGGAGUGGCUGACAUCAUUGACUGUGUGGUGCUCGCAAGUUCUCCGGAGGCUGCAGGGACGUCCCAACUGAUCCAGCUGCGGGUGCAGGGGAAGGAGAAGCACCAGAUGCUGGAAGUCUCGCUGCCUCGCGAUUCUCCUCUCAAGACCCUCAUGUCUCGCUACGAGGAGGCCAUGGGACUCUCAGGCUGCAAGCUCACCUUCUUCUUUGACGGGACAAAGCUCUCAGGUCCCUUUCGAGCCACCUUCCUGAUGCACAGACUGUGGAAGGCAUAAUUGAACACCCUGAGCCCUUUGGUUUCGGAUCUCAGGAUUACAGUCCACACCAGGCUUCUCUGGUCUUAAGGCUUUUCUUCUUCCUUCACGCCAUCCUCUCCUGUUAAGCAGCCUUUCUCAAUUACAUGUCUUUGAAUGUGAAUGUAUCCUUGAAAAAUGCUGUAUGUGUGAAUAUACCUUUUCUGUAUGUCAUAUUAUUAUUAUUCUUACUUUUUUGUCUUUUUGUCUGUUCAGGGCCGCACCCAUGACGUAUGGAGGUUCCUGGGCUAGGGGUUGAAUUGGAGCUGUAGCUGCCAGCCUACACCACAGCCACAGCAACGUGGGAUCUGAGCUGAGUCUGCAACCUACACCACAGCUCACGGCAACGCCGGAUCCUUAACCCAGUGAACGAGGCCAGGGAACGAACCUGCGUCCUCAUGGAUGCUAGUCGGGUUUGUUAACUACUGAGCCUUGACGGGAACUCCUAGAUGUCCUAUGAUGCUGUAGAUCUUGCACUGUUCCUUUGUUUAUUCAACAUGAAUUGCUUGUACUCCAUCAGCUUCAUUUCUUGGAACUGCUCUGAGGUUUUAUUUUUUCGGCUGCGCCCACGACAUGUAGACGUUCCCCGGCCUGGGAUCGAACCUGUGCCACCAUAGUGACAAUGCUGGAUCCUUAAUUACUAGGCCACCAAGGAGCUCCCACAGUGCACAUCUUUUUAUGUGUCCCCUUUCGGGCUAUGGAACGUUCUCCAGCAGAGGUACCCAAGAUGGGAUUAUGGGUCAGACAGGUUAAUUUCUCUAUUUUUUUUUUUUUAAGAAUGGUCAUUGAAGAGUUCCCGCUGUGGCACAAUGGGAUUGGUGGCGUCUCCGCAGGGCCAGGAUGCAGGUUCGAUCCCUGGCCUGGCACAGUGGGUUAAAGGAUCUGGUGUUGCCACAGCUGUGGAGCAAGUCAGAACUCCAGUGGGCCUCUGAUCCCUGGCCUGGAAACUCCAUAUGCUGUGAGGUGGCCAAAAAAAAAAAAAAAAAAAAGAAAGAAAGAAAAGAAAGGUCAUUGACUCUCCCACUUAAAAGCUUCCUGUUUCUCCUUAGCCUGACCAGCACUUGUCACCGCCCAGCUUUCUAACUUUUGCCUCUAUUGGGUAUAAAGUGGUGCCAUGUUUUAAUGUACAUUCAUCUGCUCACCAGUCCUUUGGGGAAUUUCUUCAUACACCUGUCAGCCUUUCUGGUUUCUCUUGGGGUGAACUGCUCAUGUAUCUUUGCUCAUUUUCUCCUGGGGGCUUCUUACCUUUUUUGUGAUUGUUCAUUUGUUUAUUCUCAAGGAUUGCUUGUAUAUUCCUGGGAAGUUGCAAAUAACUCUCUGAAUGGCAUUUGUAUAUCCACGAGGGUCCCUCACUGACUAGAAAUUCUUAAUUUUAAUGUAGAUGAAGUAACUAUUUUGUUCAUAUCAUUUGUUGCUUUUUUUAUUUCUUAUUUAAAAGUAGUUAAGAUGGCACACAUUUUCCUUGCUUGGUUUAGUGGCUUUUUUUUUCACAUUUAGGGUACUAAACAUUGGGCAAUAGUCUAGCUUACACACUAGUGUGUGUACUGGCUGGCAUCGACUCUGCCUGGUCAAAUAUUUGUUCUCAUUGGUUGAUGCUGGGCCAUACUGGCUGCUGAAUAUUGAGUAUUAAUUUUUUUUUUUUUUCUUUUUAGGGCCACACCUGACAGCAUAUGGAGGUUCCCAGGCUAGGGGCUGAAUCGAAGCUGUAGCUGCCGGCCUACACCACAGCCACAGCAACUCGGGAUCCGAGCCAUGUCUGCAACCUACACCACAGCUCACAGCAACAUCAGAUCCUUAACCCACUGAGCAGGAGCAGGGAUUGAACCCAAGUCCCCAUGGACACCAGUCGGGUUCAUUAACCGCUGAGCCACAAUGGGAACUCCUGAAUGUUGAAUGUUACUUUUAAACUACUUGAGGAGUUUCCCUUGUGGCUCAGGAGGUUAAGAACCUGACAUAGUGUCCUUGAGAAUUUAGGUCCAAUACCUGACCGUAUUCAGUGGAUUAAGGAUCCGGUGCUGCUGUGGCUGUGGUGGAGGCUGGCAGUUGCAGCUCCAAUUCGACCCCUAGCCUGGGAACCUCCAUAUGCCGCAGGUGUGGUUAUUAAAAAAAAAAAUUAAUUAGCAAAUAAACUAUUUGAAGUUCACCUUUGUCUAUGAGAUCCGGGUUUUAGUUUCACUGUCUAAUAAGUCCAUUUUCUCAGCACUGUCUACUAAGAAAGCCAUGAAUUUUCCAGUGAUACAUAGUCUAAUUUUGACAAAAGCAUAUCAUUCUCUUUAAAAAGUUUCUCUGUUGGAAUGUGGCAUUCCUUUGCACUUGAAAUGUGGGAAAUAGACAAAGACAUUUUUUAAACAUGGAAAUAACUCAUAAUAUGGUAUAACUCAUUUUUUUCUGCAGCUAGUUUAUGACCAUUAACAAGUCUGAACACAUGAAAAUGAUACAUUGAAUCUUAACAGAAUAAACGGGAAUACAUUCAG